AAUCAAAAGAUUCUCAUCUCAACCACACCAUUUGUUUUUCUUGUUAUUCUUUUCCAAAAAAAAAAAAAAAAAAUUAUUGUUCGCAAAUUAUUAACAACCGUUGGGCUUUGUUUUGAGUCACAUUACACAUUUACACUAAUGGGGUUACGCGACGACACGAAUGCGAUCACUGAAUCUUUCUGUCCGGAAUCACGAUAAUAUAAAUAAAUGAAUCUCUAUCCCCUUCUCCCUCUCCCUUUGUAAUAACAAUGGUCUGGCACCUGAAGCUUCAGCACGCCACGCCACGCUGAAACUGUGAAAUUAGUUAACAUUUUUCUUUGUUUUCUACCUACUCCCCAAGAUGGAACUGAGCUUGGAUUUGAGCUUGGCCUUUGUCCCCGGAAGAACCGUUCGUCAGAUUCUUGGCGAGGUUGCUCAGAACGAAGGUGGGUCUCAGAGAAUGGCCACGCUUGAGGAUUUUCUCCUAAAGUUGGAAGAUGAGAAGAGAAAGAUCGAGUCUUUCAAACGUGAACUUCCUCUUUGCAUGGUCCUCGUGAACGAUGCUGUUACUAAAUUAAAAGAGGAGAUAAACGGAGGUGUGAGAAUGCAAGAAGCACCCGUGGUUGAAGAAUAUAUGCCACUUUUGAAAACCAAAUCUGAAGGAAGUGAGACUUUAAACAUGGGUAAGGAACGCAGUAACAUGAAGAAUUGGAUGAACUCUGUUCGGCUAUGGAACGUUGAAUCCAAACCGAGGACUGAAGAGGACGAUCGAUGUGUCCCCCACAAUCCAAAUCAACCACAGAAUGAGACCAACAAGAGUAGAGGAGCAGCAGCAGCAUUAAAUGGAAACAAUUGUGUCUUAAAAACAGUGAUGAGUGAAGACAAGAGGGUGUCACAGGCUCCUAGCCAUGGUUUGAUGAGACCAGUGUUUGAAUCGAAUGAUAGAAAAGCGGAAAGUAGUAAUGAACAUGGGUCGUCCUUGAUGACAACAAGCUCAUUAGAGAUAAAGGGUCAAGCACAACCUCAGCAGAAUCCGAGGAAACAAAGGCGAUGCUGGUCACCAGAACUUCAUAGGCGAUUCGUCGAUGCCCUUCAACAAUUAGGGGGACCACAAGUGGCCACUCCAAAGCAGAUCAGAGAACUGAUGCAGGUGGUAGGCCUCACAAAUGAUGAAGUGAAAAGCCAUUUGCAGUACAGACUUCAUUUUAGAAGACCUCAAGUUUGUUCGGUUGAGGUAGCUAAUGGUGGGUUAUGCCUUAUGGUAAAGGAUAAACAUGGAGAUAAUAAUAAAUCAAAAGGGAACUUAUCACAAUCUGGCUCUCCACAAGGUCCUCUUUUCUUAGGAGGGUCUGGACGCAACAGCAUGGACACAGAAGAAGAUGAACAAUCAGAUUGCCAUAAUUGGAAAGGUGCUCUUCACCACCAACCAGAAGCUGAACUUCUAUGAGCUUCUAAAUGAAGAAUCAAAGUUUGACAGCAUGAAAAUAACAGACCUAACACAUACAAGGGACCCAUCCAAUCGAUGUUAGAAUUAUGAGACUUGUAGAGUGAGAGUCAGAGAUUUUACACUGUUUCAGAGUUCUCUGCCUUCUGCUUUAUGAAGUUAUUGUUAUGACUACUAUAAAUUGUUAUUAGGAGUAAUUUUAUUGAAUAAAUUUCCUCAGUUUACUACCUUCCAAACUUCCUGCAUUAGGUGUAAAAACAAAACGCAUACACAAACAACUCAGAUUUACCUCUUUGUAUUGAAUCAUGUCAUAUUUUACUU